AUGAAGUUCGAAUUAUCACCGAACGAAAUUUUAUUCGAUCUAUUUGAUUAUUUGAAUGGUGUUGAUCUUCUUAAUGCAUUUUAUGGUCUCAAUUAUCAUUUCAAUUUUCUUCUCUAUAAACAAUAUCGAUCUUAUCGUUUCAUAUUUAAUUGGAUAUCAAAAUAUAAUUUUGAUAUAAUAUGUUCACAACAUUUACCAUUUAUUGUUGAUCGAAUUAUUGGUCUUAGUCUUUGUGAUGGUGAAAAUACUCCUGGACAAAUUAAUUUCCUUCUAUCUUACAUACCAUCAUUUAGUCAAUUUACUCAAUUACGAUCACUUUCAAUAUUUCAUCUUCAUUCAUAUAAUACAUUAAUGAAAAUCGUCGAUGAAUGUCAUCAUCUUAAUCAUCUCAUUUAUUUAAAUUUCUAUUUUUGUUCUUAUGCUUAUCACUAUAAUCCAUCACAUUUUCAAUCAGUUGUCAACAUGAUAUGGAAUUUACCUAAACUUACUCAUUGUAAUGAUGAUAUUUCCAUACAAAGAUGGAAUUUUUUAUCUAUACCAUCAAACAUUUCAACAUCUCUCAAAUAUUUAAAUCUGUAUAAUAAUCAACUUAAAUGGAAUCAGAUAAACAAAUUGUUUGAAUAUACACCUCAUCUUAAAUAUCUUUCAUUAAUAAUUUCUUCUGAUACCAAUGAUAAUUAUAUACCAUCUUCUUCUCUUCCAACAUUAAUCGAUUUGAAGAUUAGUAUUUAUUCUACACUUGACACAUCGAGAAUUAUUUCCUUUUUACAAAAUACACCUAAUCUACGUCGUUUUGAUAUUACUUUAGGGUCUAUAUUAAUCAAUGGUCAUCAAUGGGAACAAAUCAUUUGUAACUAUUUACCAAAAUUGAAAGUAUUUCAACUCAAAAUGAAACAUAGAUUUGUUGUUAAUCAUAAUAUACAAGAACAAGUGAAUGAAUUAGUUAAUUCAUUUCGAAGUUCAUUUUGGAUUGAUGAACAUAAAUGGUUUAUCCAAUGCAUUACAUCAGACAAUACUAUUCAUCUUGACUCUUUAUCAAAAUUAUCUAAUGGCUAUGAAUAUAAACAACUUGAUUCGUGGCAAUCGACAUAUCCACAAGAUAAUCAACAAGAAUAUUAUAAUAACAUGAAUCGCAUUUGUAGUGAUAGUUUUUUUGACCCACCGAUUCCAUCCAAUAUUAGUUUACCAAACAUUCAGAAUCUUUAUAUAAAUCUUCCUAUUAAUAAUCAAUUUUGGUCAAUGGUUCCAAGUUUAAAACGACUCUAUUCACUUACAGUAUCGUCUUAUACUGAUAGUUUUUAUUCUCAAUUGCAAUUUUUACUUGAUCAAGCACUUCAUCUACAAAGAUUAACUAUUCGUCAAGAUGCCUCAUUACCAUUUCAAUUAUCAUUAUUCAAAUUAACAAAUAUAACAAUUCAUAAACUCCAUUUAGAUUAUUAUUAUCAUUUUUUCAAUGAAGAAAAAUGUGUUACCUUGAGUCAUUCAUUAUUGGGUACUCAAUGUCAAGUACUUUAUAUUAGAGUUGAAAAUCUCGAAAAUAUUAUUAUUCUUAUUAAAAAUAUGAUCAAUCUUCGAGCAUUAUAUGUUAAAUUCACAGAUGAAAAGACUUCUGCAUACUGGUUUGUAUCAAAAAAUAAUGAUAAAUUUUUUGAUACAACAACAAUAAACAAAGAUGAAGCUAUUCAAUGGUUAAAAGAUCAUUUGCCAGCAAAGUGUUUUAUCGAAAGAGAACUAGACUUGGAGGGUUCGAUUCAAAUAUGGAUCAAAUAG